AUGGGUUUUUCUCGUUGCCCUCAGGAGUAUGGAGUGUACAAGAUUCAGAGGGCAAGCACAACUUUGUUGGUUGGUGUGUACGUGGAUGACUUGAUAGUAAUCGGGUCAAGUAACGACUUAAUUGACACCUUCAAGAAACAGAUGAAGAAAGUGUUUGACAUGAGUGAUCUGGGUUUGUUAACCUACUAUCUAGGGAUCAAAGUAACACAAAAGGAAGGAAGUAUCAUCGGAUUGGGGAUUGUAAUCCCCACUAAAUAUCCCAUGGAACCUAGAUCAAGUCUGAAGAAAGAUGAAGAAGGUGAACUAGUAAAUGCCACAGAUUAUGGAAAACUCAUUGGAAGUUUAAGGUAUUUAACUAACACUAGACCUGAUCUUAGCUACUCUGUGGGUGUCAUGAGUAGAUACAUAGAAGCUCCAAAACUGUGUCAUCUUAAAGCUUUAAAUAAAAUACUAAGGUAUGUUAAAGCCACAAAGGAUUUUGGACUUGUAUACAAGACAGGUGGAGAUAAGAAGAUAGUGGGUUUUAGUGAAAACAGCCAUGGAACGGAUUUGGAUGAUAGGAAGGGUACAAUAGGAACCAAUUUUUUCUCAUCUGGAAAAGUUGUCACCUGGUCUUCACAAAAACAACAAACAGUGGCAUUGUCUUCAUGCGAAGCUGAGUUCAUGGCAGCAACGGAAGCUGCAUGUCAAGCACUGUGGUUGUGA